AUGGAUUACUUUGAAUGGAUACACGGUUACAGCACAAGAUUCGGACUUCAUUACAUUGAUCGCCAAAAACUAAAUCGGAUUCUAAAGCUUUCUGCUAAAUGGUACAAAGAUUUUCUAACCAGUGGCUUCAACAAUGGAGAAGCGGAAACCUUGAAUCUAGGUAUAGAUCCAGUUCAAAAAAUGAUGGAUACCGGAACACAUGGAACGCCUUUAAGAUUUGAAAAAAGGAAAUUUGGAGAAACCAAAGAGUCGAUCAUCUUGGGUUCGAAGGAACUCGGGCUUCAAGUUUUUGAACCCGUCCUUCACGUACUCCUCUUAAAUGUCGAUGAACUCGAGCCGGCAUAG